AUGGAUGAUGAUUGUAGGUUACGAAAUGUUUUUUGGGCGGAUGCACGGAGUAGGGCAGCAUAUGAUUACUUUGGAGAUGUUAUUACGUUUGACACAACGUAUUUGACCAAUAGCUAUGACAUGCCAUUUGCUCCUUUUGUAGGAGUGAAUCAUCAUGGUCAAUCUAUACUUUUGGGGGCAGGACUAAUUUCAAGCGAGGAUACAGACACAUUUGUGUGGUUGUUUAAAUGUUGGUUAGAGUGCAUGAAUGGCCAAGCCCCUAAAGCAAUUAUAACAGACCAGGAUAGAGCUAUGAAAAAUGCAAUUGCUAUUGUUUUCCCUGAAAAAUAUGAGGAAAACUGGAAAGAUCUACUGGAGAAGUAUAACCUUCAUGAUAAUGCAUGGUUGAAUGGGUUAUACAGGGAUAAGACAUUUUGGGUGCCGUCAUACAUGAAAGAUACGUUUUGGGCGGGAAUGAACACUACACAGCGAAGUGAAAGUAUGAACGCAUUUUUUGAUGGUUACAUGCACUCACGAACCACAUUGAAAGAAUUUGUUGAUGAAUAUGAUAAUGCUUUAAGGAGAAUGGUCGAGAGUGAGACACGUGCUGAUUUUGAUUCUUUCAAUCGCACAAUCUCAUGUAUAAGCGCCUUGCAGUUAGAGAAACAGUUUCAAGUUGUCUACACAAAUGCGAAGUUCAAAGAAGUACAUGAGCAGUUUGUGAAAAUGAUGUCCUGUAAUAACUCUCAUCUCAAAAGUGAAGGUGCAAUUUCCACGUUUGAAGUUAUUGAAUAUGUUGCCGUUGGAGACCACUUAAUAGAAAAAACAUUUCUUGUUUACUUCAAUGAAGAUGAAUUGGAAGUGAAGUGCACAUGUGCAUUGUUUGAAGUAAGAGCCAUCUUAUGUAGGCAUUCACUUUCCAUGUUACGGACAAAGAAAGUGACAACUUUGCCACAAAGAUAUGUUCUUGAUAGAUGGGGGAAGGAUAUUAAGCGAGAGUACUUGAAGGUUAAGAGUAGUUAUGAUGCCAUUGGUGAUAAUCCACAUGCCUAA